CACAACUGCUUGUGGUUCAGGUUUUAGUGACGACACAGCGCUUCAUGAAAACUCUUAUAAGGAAAAGUGGAUGGCGUCGAUACCUGAUGAUCGACUCCUUUCAGCUGUUACUAUUCCAGGAACUCACGAGAGCCUAACUUUGUAUGGUGGAACCCUUAUACGGUGUCAGGCUUGGACCUUGGAGAACCAGCUGAAAGCAGGAUUGCGGUACUUUGAUUUACGUAUAGAGGCCAGUAUUUUCCACAACACCCUUGAUGUCAUGGAUGGGCAUAUAAAACAUACCAAGUUCCAUGAUGUACUAAACAUUCUGUGGGAGUUCUUGGGCAAACAUGACAGUGAGACUGUACUUUUGAGAGUGACACUGCAAGGGUUGAGUAUCUGGAAUGCUGGAGAAUCUAUCAAGGAUUUGAUUAAGAAAUCCAAAGAUAAUGUAUGGACAAAGACGUUGGUCCCCCACAUGCGAGACGCGAGAAGGAAGAUCGUCUUUGUGCAGAGUUCCAAUUUCAAUGUCGGAACCCUUAACCAUGACACUUUCGUCACUUACGACGGAUGGUUCAAAAACAUUGAAAACAAGAUGAAAACGAUCACAAAACGUCUGAAAGAAGCUCAAAAGAAUUGUGCUCAUACAAUUUCCUUGACUGACACCUCCACCACAGGCUUUUUCAAAGGCCCUAAAACUGUGGCCAGAGUGGUUAAUGAUCAGCUCAAUAAGCUCUUAGGCAAACUAAAGACAGGCUCUGAUAAACCAAACUGCUUGGGGGUAAUCAGCAUGGACUUCCCCAGUCCAGACCUCAUCCAGAACAUCAUUGAGGUAAAUAGACAACCAGGGAGCGGUUCAUCUGAUCACCUAGUAGAGCCUGAACCAGAGCCUGAACCAGUAGAGCCUGAACCAGUAGAGCCUGGACUAGUAGAUCCUGAACCUGUAAAGCCUAAAGCAGCAGAGCCAGAACCACUAGAGCCUGAAUCAGCAGAGCCUGAACCAGCAGAUCCUGAACCUGCAGAGCCUGAACCAGCAGCGCCUGAAGAAUCUGAACCAGCAGAGCCUGAGCCAAUAGAAGAGCCUGAACCAGUAGAGACUGAACCUUCAGGGGCGACUGAACCAGUACAGCCAGAACCAGCAGAGCCUGAACCAUCAGAGCCUGGGGAGCCUGAACCAGCAGAGCCUGAACCGAUAGAGCCUGAACCAGUAGAGUCUGAACCAGCAGCACCGGAAGAACCUGAACCAGCAGAGUCUGAGGCAGUAGCAGAGCCUGAAACGGUAGAGCCAGAACCAGUAGAGUCUGAACCAGCAGCUCCGGAAGAACCUGAAUCAGCAGAGCCUGAGACAGUAGCAGAGCCUGAACCUGUAGAACCUGGACCUUCAGGGAAGCCUGAACGAGUAGAACCUGAACCAUCAGAGCCUGAACGAGCAGAGCCUGAACUGGCAGAACCUGAACCCGUAGAGUCUGAACCAGCAGCACCGGAAGAACCUGAACCAGCAGAGUCUGAGCCAGUUGAAGAGCCUGAACCAGCAGAGCCUAAACUGGUAGAGACUGAACCAGCAGCACCGGAAGAACCUGAAUCAGCAGAGCCUGAUCCGGCAGCAGAGCCUGAACCAGUAGUGUCUGAACCUUCAGGGAAGACUGAACCAGUAGAGCCUGAACGAGCAGAGCCUGAACCCGCAGAGCCUGAACCCACAGAGCCUGAACCCACAGAGCCUGAACCAGCAGAGAGAGAACCAGCAGAGCAUGAAGAAUCUGAACUAGCAGGGUCUGAACCAGCAGAGCCUGAAGAGCCUGAACCAGCAAAGCCUGAGCCAGUAGAAGAGCCUGAACCAGCAGAGCCUGAAGCAGUAGAGCCUGAAGCAGUAAAGCCGGAACCAGAAGAUGAAGAACCAGUAGAGCCUGAACCUUCAGGUGAGCCUGAACCAUCAGAGCCUGCACCCGCAACGCCUGAAGAACCUAAACCACCAGAACCAGAAGAGCCUGAACCAGCAGAGCCUGAACCAUCAGGGGAGCCUGAACGAGUAGAGCCUGAAUCAGCAGAGCCUGAACCUGCACAUCCUGAACCCACAAAGCCUGAACCAGCAGAACCUGAACCAGCAGAGAGAGUACCAGCAGAGCAUGAAAAAACUGAAUUAGCAAGGCCUGAACCAGCAGAGCCUGAAGAGCCUGAACCAGCAGAGCCUGAGCCAGUAAAGGAGCCUGAACCAUCAGAGCCUGAACAAGCAGAGCCUGAAGCAGCAGAUCCUGAACCAGCAAAGGCAGAACAACUAGCAGAGCAUGAAGAACCUAAACCAGCAGAUAGUGGUGUGCCUGAACCAGCAGAGCCUGAGCCAGUAGAGCCUGCAUCCGCAGAUUCUGAACCAGCAGAUCCUGAAGCAGCAGACCCUAAACCAGCAGAACCUGAACCAGCAGAGCCUGAACCAGGAGCGCCUGAACCAGCAGAGCCUGAACCAGUAGAGUCUGAACAUUCAGGGAAGACAGAACCAGCAGAGCCUGAUACUGCACAGCCUGAACUCACAAAGCCUGAGCCAGCAGAACCUGCAUCAGCAGAAAGAGAACCAGCUGAGCAUGAAGAAACAGAACUAGCAGGGCCUGAACCAGCAGAGCCUGGAGAGCCUGAACCAGCAGAGCCUGAGCUAGUAGAAGAUUUUGAACCAUUAGAGCUUGAACCAGCAGAGCCUGAGCCUAAAGAGCCUAAACCAGCAGAGCCUGAAGCAGCAGAGACAGAACAACUAGCAGAGCAUGAAGAAUCUAAACCAGCAGAACCUGGGCCUGCAGAACCUGAACCAGCUGGGCCUGAACCCGCAGAACCUAAACUAUUAGAGCCUGAACCAGUAGAGCCUGAGCCAGUAGAGCCUGCACACGCAGAUUCUGAACCAGCAGAGCCUGAAGCAGCAGAUCCUGAACUAGCAGAGCCUGGGGAGCAUGAACCAGCAGAGCCUGAACCAGCAGAACCUGAACCAGUAGAGCCUUCUGAACCAGAAGAGCCUGAACCAGGAGAGUCUGGACCAGCAGCACCGGAAGAACCUGAUCCAGCAGAGCCUGAGCCAGUAGAAGAGCCUGAACCAGCAGAGCCUGAACCAGUAGAGCCGGAACCUUCAGGAGAGUCUGAGCUAGUAGAGCCUGAAACAGAAGCGCCUGAACCAGCAGAGCCUGAGCCAGUAGAGCCUGCACACGCAGAUUCUGAACCAGCAGAGCCUAGAGCAGCAGAUCCUGAAAUAGCAGAGUCUGGGGAGCCUGAACCAAUAGAGCCUGAACCAGCAGAACCUGAACCAGUAGAGCCUGAACCAGGAGAGCCUGAACCAGUAGAGUCUGAACCAGCAGCACCAGAAGAAUCUGAUCCAGCAGAGCCUGAGCCAGUGGAAAAGCCUGAAACAGCAGAGCCUGAACCGGUAGAGCCUGAACCAGUAGAGUCUGAACAUUCAGGGAAGACAGAACCAGCAGAGCCUGAUAUUGCACAGCCUGAACCCACAAAGCCUGAGCCAGCAGAACCUGAACCAGCAGAGAGAGAACCAGCAGAGCAUGAAGAAACAGAACUAGCAGGGCUUGAACCAGCAGAGCCUGAGCUAGUAGAAGAGCCUGAACAAUUAGAGCCUGAACCAGCAGAGCCUAAGCCUACAGAGCCUGAGCCUACAGAGCCUGAACCAGCAGAGCCUGAAGCAGCAGAGACAGAACAACUAGCAGAGCAUGAAGAACCUAAACCAGCAGAACCUGGGCCUGCAGAACCUGAAUCAGCUGAGCCUGAACCCGCAGAACCUAAACUAUUAGAGCCUGAACCAGCAGAGCCUGAGCCAGUAGAGCCUGCCCCUGCAGAUUCUGAACCAGCAGAGCCUGAAGCAGCAGAUCCUGAAUUAGCAGAGCCUGGGGAGCCUGAACCAGAAGAGCCUGAACCAGCAGAACCUGAACCAGGAGAGCCUGAACCGGUAGAGCCUGAACCAGGAGAGUCUGGACCAGCAGCACCAGAAGAACCUGAUCCAGCAGAGCCUGAGCCAGUAGAAGAGCCUGAACCAGUAGAGCCGGAACCUUCAGGAGAGUCUGAGCAAGUAGAGCCUGAAACAGAAGUGCCUGAACCAGCAGAGCAUGAGCCAGUAGAGCCUGCACACGCAGAUUCUGAACCAGCAGAGCCUGAAGUAGCAGAUCCUGAAAUAGCAGAGCCUGGGGAGCCUGAACCAGCAGAGCCUGAACCUGUAGAGCCUGAACCAGGAGAGCCUGAACCAGUAGAGUAUGAACCUGUAGAGCCUGAACCAGGAGAGCCUGAACCAGCAGAGCCUGAACCUGUAGAGCCUGAACCAGGAGAGCCUGAACCAGUAGAGUCUGAACCUGUAGAGCCUGAACCAGGAGAGCCUGAACCAUCAGAACCUGAACCUGUAGAGCCUGAACCAGGAGAGCCUGAACCAGUAGAAGAGCCUGAACCAGCAGAGCCUGAACCAGUAGAGCCGGAACCUUCAGGAGAGUCUGAGCUAGUAGAGCCUGAAACAGAAGAGCCUGAACCAGCAGAAACUGAACCCGCAGUACCUGAACCAGUCGAGCCUGAACCAACAGAGCCUGAGUCAUCAGUGCCUGCACCCGCAGAUUCUGAACCAGUAGAGCCUCAACCAACAGAGCCUGAGCCAGCAAUGCCUAAUUCAGCAGAGUCGGAACCAGCAGAGUCUGAACUAGUAGAGCCUGAAACAGAAGAGCCUGAACCAGCAGAGACUGAACCAGUUAAGCCUGAACCAACAGAGCCUGAGCUAUCAGAGCCUGCAUCCGCAGAUUCUGAACCAGUAGAGCCUGAACCAGCAGAGCCUGAACUAGCAGAGCCUGAACCAGCAAAGCCGGAACCAUCAGAUAAUGACCCGGGCAGAGCCUGAUCCAGUAGAGCCUGAACCUUCAGGGGAGCCUGAACCAGUAGAACCUGAACCAACAGAGCCUUGGGAGCCUGAACCUCCAGGGGAUCCUGAAGAACCUAAGGAAAAACCUAGGAAGAAGAAGAAGAAAUGUCAUAAGAAACAUAAGACUAACAUAUAAGUAUUAACAUACAAUUCAGUUAUUGUCCAAUGAAUCUCAGACCUGUGCCCAAACCCCCCAGAAAUAUAUACAAUCUAAAAUCUUCCAAACAUUUAUUUGUCUAGACUUCCAUUGUGUUCUGAGGCCAUAGUAAGAGGCAGCUAAAUAGAGUGUAGUUGAUGUGUUGUGAGAAGAGAGUUCCACACUUCUAAUACAGUUUGAAACAAUAUACAGCAGAGGUGUCAAACUCAUUCCACAGAGGGCCUAGAGUCUGCAGCUUAGACAACCAGUGGAGGGGAGUUCCUUACUAAUGUUUGACCUUAUUAUAUCAAUUAAGUACAAGGGGGAAGCAAAAACCCGCAGACACCCGGCCGUCCGUGGAACGAGUUUGACAUGUGAUAUACAAUAUAUCUAGUUCCUCUUUAUGUACAUUACAAUUACGGUUGGCUCUCUUCUUCAAUAUUACAUGUACAUUUCAC